AUGAAAGAAUAUAUUACCAAAUGUUAUGGAGUUUCUCAAAAUCCGAUUACCAAACAAUAUUUGAUGGUGAUGGAAUCUUUUAAUGAUGGGAAUAUGAGACAAUACUUCAAAAAUCAUCAUAAUAAAUCAAGUUUUACAAAUAAAUUGCAUUUAUUACUUUGCAUAUCAUGUGGAUUGCGUAAAAUUCAUAAUAAAGGAUUCAUUCAUAGGAACCUUCAUUCCGGUAAUAUUUUAAUGUUUGGUAAUCAAAUAUGUCGAAUUACCGAUUUGAGGUUAUGUCGAUCAGUCAUCGAACGAAAUGAUGAUGAUAAUGAAAUGAAGCUUUGUGGGGUCUUACCUUAUGUCGCCCCGGAAGUUUUAAAAGGAAGAACGUAUACUCAAGCGGCUGAUAUUUACUCUUUUGGAAUGAUCGCACAUGAAACGAUCUCCGAGUUACCACCGUAUCAUGAUAUAGCUCAUGAUGAAUUAUUGGCUUCGAGAAUAUGUCAAGGACUUCGACCGAAAUUUAAUCAUAUCAAAGUACCACUUAAGUUGGAGAACUUAAUCGAUCAAUGUUUAGAUGCAGAUCCAUUAAAAAGACCGACAGCUUUUGAAUUAUGCAACCUUUUAUCCAAUUGGUAUGAUGAAGUU